AAUAUGACUCACCUGGUUAGCGCCAUCAUCAGUCGAGUAAAUACCUUUGAAGAAGACGUGGAAAAAUGAGGACAUUACCAAGACUUAUACUUGCCUUCCUCUGUGUUGCUGUUGCAGUACACGGAGCCAAUUUGCUUCCUGGCGAAGGGGAACAGGCUGACUGUGCACAGUUCAGCCUACCCAUGUGUCCACGCAACUAUGAACCAGUCUGUGGAUCCGACGGUGUCACCUAUGCCAACGAAUGCAUGCUGUGUUUUAACAACAGCGAGCGCAAGGUUAACGUGUUGAUUAGGAGCAAGGAGGCAUGCUGAACUGACGAAGAACAAAAUAACCAACCUUCCCGGGAUGAGAAAUAUUUUAUCUUGGAUUUAAUUUCGAAACUAAGCCUAUUAUUCAUGUGGCAUUCUUAUGCGAAUGCAAGGUAGUAUUUAAGCAAUGAAAAGUUUAAACUGCACUCUUGGCCUCCAUGUGUUCUAUGUUUUUCCCAGUGAUUUUAGCUUUUCCUGUUCAGAUGAAGACCUACUCUAUUUCAUUUUGUUUUAAAAUAAGACAAUUAAAGCCUUUUUAUUCUACUCACCUGUUCCAGACUUAUCUCAUGUGGGAUUCAAGAGUUGCAAAACCAGUUUGUGGCAUAUUCUAAUGUUGAACCUGCAUCUUUGUUGGUCACAUAACUGGAAACUCCUGUUUUGCUUUACAGAAGCAACAUAAAUGCACCCAAAUGUAGGUGCUUGAAUUAAAAUGGGCACUUUGUGUCAACCACUCUUUAAUGUAACUUAAUGUGCAAAACCAUUGAACCUUUAAUAUCAGCUUCUUUCAAAUUCUUCCGUUUAUCAUGAAGCUCCUGAACGAGUCACUGACUCCAUAUGGCCAUUUGGGAAACAUACAAUAACUAAGCUCUGAUCAUCUCUACAAAUGUAAUUUUCACAAAACUCGGCAAUGUAUUUUCCAAAUAUAAAAAAAACGAUUGUCA